UGUUUUUCUCCCUCUACCAGUUAUCUCACUCAUGUUUUUGCUCUAAAUGUCGACGGCAGACACUUUAAAGGAUUCCUCGCCUUCAAACACCAUAUUGACUCCCUCAAGCGAUGAUAUCGAGGCCGUCAUCCAAAUGGCUACCUCCACGGACGGUAGAACAGGUCCAAUAAAGGAUACCAGAACCCAGCUUUUCGUUGGCAACCUACCUUACCGAGUGCGGUGGCAAGAUCUCAAAGACUUGUUUCGCAAAGCUGGCACUGUUUUACGUGCGGAUGUUUCCUUGGGUCCAGAUAAUCGCUCGCGAGGUUAUGGUACUGUCUUGUUAGCUACUGCCGAAGACGCUGGGCGGGCGAUUGACAUGUUCAAUGGGUAUUCAUGGCAAACAAGAGUCCUCGAAGUCAGACCGGACAGAAUGGGCAGCGAGGUCGAUCAACAGAAUUGUUUCGACCAUCUCACUCAGGCCAGUACUGUCACUGGCGCAUCAAAUCCAUUACUCGCGGUAUCCCCCUUUCUUGUUGGUCGAGGGGCUGCAGGAGCUAGUAGCGAGCUUGACUACACCAAGCUGUUGGGGCUAGACAAUUCACCUCCAAAUUCUUCGGGUUCGUCUACAAACACGAGCGGUGGGGGUAGAAAUUUAUUUGUUGGGAAUCUUCCGUUCCACUGUCAGUGGCAAGAUCUUAAAGACCUCUUCCGGCAAGCCGGAACGAUUAUCCGAGCUGAUGUCGCUUUGGGACAGGAUGGCCGUUCCCGCGGGUUCGGAACCGUAGUGUUUGCAACUGAAACAGAUGCUGAAAGGGCACUAAGGAUGUUCAACGGAUACGAGUACAAUGGCCGUCCUCUCAAAGUUCAUUACGAUAAGUUCUCACAAUCCACACAUCCGGCUAUUCUUCCUAUGACCUCUCUUUCACCCAAUUUCUCCUCUUUAUCAACUUCUCUUUCAACGCCCGCCUCACCAGCUCCACGUCAACAAACUCAGAAGUUUAUUCCACCACAUCUCUCGCACCUUCUAUCGACGUCACAUAUAGGAAGUUCCCUCCUGCCACCAUCUUCACCUCUUCCUUUGCUUCCCAGAGCAGCUUCGCCAAGACACGCGAAUUCAUACCCCUCAUCGCGACCUUUGUCUCCUCAUCCUCCCACCCAAAACGUAGGUUUGGAUGUCCAUCAACAGCACACAAACGUUUCGAAUCGCAUAAUCAUGCCAGCGGGUUACACACUGGACUUCGGGCCUUCUUCACAGCCCAGUACUCCAUAUCAAGAAGGUCUUUCCGCUGGCGCAUACUUUCCUGGUGGUAUCGACACCACUACUGGUGGCUCAGAAUGGCCCCCACGUCCAAGCGCUCUGAGCGGGGAAUCUUUAAAAGAAGGAGAGUUGACAGUAUCAAGCCUUGCUGAGAGAAUUAUCGGGAAGGGAUUAGGAGGACUAUCUUUAGGUGACAGCAGAGACACAAACAGGCCUCACACGAGACCGGCAUUCACGAGUUGUUCCGGUACAGGAACUUCGAAUGUCAACAGGACUGCAUUGGAGUUAAGUGGAAUACUCACGAGGAGAUCAAGCGUCACCAAUAGUGCGAUCAGCGCUACUAGUAGCACAGGCUCUGCAGGAUCCGGUAGCCUUAUUGGGAGUGGAAGGAUCAGUCGAACCAAUUCCGGUGACAAAAAUGAUUCUGGAAAUGAAAGCCAGAGUGUUUCUGGAAGUGGAUCUGGAGCAACCGACUUGAGUAGCGCUCGAACGACUCCGCUAAGCGACCCCGGCCUCGAGGACCCACAGCAGGGGAAGGGGAAGGAAAGGGAUCAUGAAAAAGAGAAGGAGAAGGAGAAGGAGAAGGAAGUACCUCAGUUGCAUCCGCAUCAUCCAGGGACAAUCAGUAUACCGCCACCGCCAAAAUGGGGUCCUCCUCAACCUCAACCUUCUGUGCAUCCUCACUCGCAUUCAUAUUCACAUUCACAUCCCCACCCAGGUUAUGUCUAUCCAAACUACCCAAUACCUUCACCCUCAGCAUACCCUAUCCCGCAUAAUCCAGCCCAGAUGACCCCUCACGGCCUCCCUCCCAUUACGCCCACCAUGCCGCCAUUUACGUUCUACAAUCCUGGAAUGGGUAGCCCGAUGCCUAGUCCGGCAUUAACGUAUCCCAUUUCUCCGUAUGCCAUGACUGGAGGAACACCACUUCAUUCCCCUGGAAUUACUGGAUAUCAUCCAAUCGGGAUGAUGAUGGUCACUCCGACUGCUAUCAUGCCGCCCCCUCCACCGACAUCCGCCCCUCAGAUGGAAGAACAAAUUGAGCAGGACAGGCCCGGAACGGCAAGGAGGAGCAGGGCAGGAAGUGGUGCGAGCUCACCAGCGGAUGAGGUUGAUCAGAAGGGUGAUACUGAUAAAGGCGAGGAUAGAACGCGAUCGAAUGAAGUCGAUAGAAGGGAAAAGUUGAAAGAAGACGACAAUCCCUACUUCAGCUUUGCUUCAGUCUCAUCCUCUCAGCAGCAACAACCGCCUGCCCCUCAUCCUCCACCUUCUAUGCCCCCCCAUUAUCAUUUACCGAUGCAUAUGGCCUUGUUUUCUCCGAUGCAUCCGAUGACACCGUUCUCACCUGGACUAGCAGUGUCCCCAUGGGAACCCAAUCCUUACAUCAACCCAGCGGUUGGAGCGCCUGUUCAUCACCCUCACCCUCCUGCAGGAGGUUAUUUCGUAGAGGUGACACCCAGCAGUGUGGGUGUUGAGUUGGGUAGUGGAAGUGGGGCGCACGCGGGUGUCGGAGGAUACUUUGAUUCAAUGUAUGAUCAAGAAGGCAGGAGCAGCUUGCAAGAAGCAGGCGAUAGGCCGGUCAGUGAAGCGGUUUCGACGAAAGAGCCACAGCAUCAAAAGCGGGCUGAAUCGUACAAUCUAAAUCUCCCGUCGUUCAAUAGCACCGCGUCACAAGAGAAAGCAGAAGACCGAUUUGAAAUGACGCGUACGCAAUCAAUGUCGUCUGCUGCUGCUUCAAGACCGCAAAUGCAGCGACCAGAUUCAGAUCCCUGAGAUCGUCAGAAUGGGCAGGCUGUUUCAUCCGCACCCGGAGAACAGGAUCAAAAGUCGUGAGCAUAAGGCAUCAACGUCUCGCUUUGGUGAUGGGGAUUUUCUGGUUGGGCUGUUUGUUCUCAUUCAUGGGUUGUGCGAGGGCGCAAAAUGUGUUCGCUUUCCGUUUCUCCCCUCUUCUACUUCAUGUUUUAUUUCUGUUUUCAUCACAAUCAUUCGCGCUUUGUCUAUCGCAUAUCUCGAACUAUCUUGAUCCAUUGGUCUCUCAAUUCCUUAAGCUUGUUUAGAUAUCUAUGUAUUUAAUCUCUAGGUUCAUAGCAACGUGACUUCAAAUUAAAGUUGAUGAACAAGUCGCGGUUUUCGCCACCGUCA